CACGUCCACCGAAGACACUACAACACUACAGAAAGUUCAGGCGAAGAAGGAUUAUCUGGAGAAGCCUCCAAAGCCGGGAGCUCGAGAGCAAAAUGCGUAUCGAGGAGCUGAUUCUGGAUGGCUUCAAGUCUUACCCUGUUCGAACGACUAUCACAGGCUUCGACGAGUCUUUCAAUGCUAUCACAGGUCUAAAUGGAUCCGGAAAGUCCAACAUUCUCGAUGCAAUAUGUUUCGUCCUCGGUAUCACCAACAUGCAAUCGGUCCGAGCCAACAACCAGAUGGAUCUGAUCUAUAAACGUGGGCAAGCUGGGGUGACCAAGGCCUCGGUAACCAUUGUGUUCAACAAUGAGGACCGCUCAAAAUCCCCUGUUGGUUUCGAGAACACACCUCAGAUCACUGUGACACGACAAAUUGCCGUCGGGAACGUUUCCAAAUACCUGCUUAACGGACACAAAUCCACCCUGCAGUCUCUUCAGAACCUCUUCCAAUCCGUCCAGCUAAACAUCAACAACCCAAACUUUUUGAUCAUGCAGGGAAAAAUCACCAAGGUGCUCAACAUGAAGCCGGCGGAGAUUCUCGGUAUGGUGGAGGAGGCAGCUGGAACAAGAAUGUUUGAGGAACGAAAAGAUAAGGCGGUCAAGACGAUGGCGAAGAAGGAUAAAAAGGUGGAGGAGAUCGAAGCUCUCUUGCGAGAAGAGAUCGACCCAAAGCUUGAAAAGCUCAGAGCGGAAAAGCGGUCUUACCUUGAAUACCAAAAGGCCACCUCCGAACUGGAACGUCUGACGAGACUGGUCAAAGCUUACGAAUGGGUGGUCAUGGUGGAGAAGACGGAAAAAGCAGAAGCGGCGUUGAAACAGAAGAAACGCGAUAUAGAAAGUGUGAAAGAGGACGUUGCACGUGGAGGUCGGGAAUGCGAAGGCAUGGAGCAGGAGGUGGCCGAAUUGCAGAAGAGACGGGAUCAGGAAGCCAAAGGAGGCAAGAUUCAGACUCUCACCGAGGCCGUCAACGCUCUGGAUCGCGAACUGGUCAAGACAAAGACUCAGUUGGAGAUCAUCGAGAGCACCAUGAAGGAUGAUUCGAAGCGGGUCGACACGGCGAAAAAGGCCGUCAAGGAUCUCGCCAAAUCCAUCGACCAGAACCGUGUAUCGACGGAGAAGGAGACUGCUGCAUUCGCGGAUGUCAAGGCAGCUUAUGAUGCAGGUGUUUCGGAGCUGGCAAAAGCAGAGGAACUAUUACAAUCCCUCAUCACUGGUCUCUCGACUAACGACGGCAACGAUGACAACGCCGGAGGCUACAUGGGACAGCUCGCCGAAGCGAAAGCCCGAUUGUCUGCAGCCGGUACCGAGAUGGAGCAAGCCAAGGUCAAGAUCACUGCCUCUGAGAAGGAGGUCAAGGAGAAGGAGCCUAAGGCAAAAAAGGCGGAGAAGGAAGGAGAAAGUGUGUUGAAAGAGCUGCGUGAUAAGAAGGCGGCUGUGGAGGCGCUGCACAAAAAACUGGCAGGCGGCAGCUGGGACGAAGGGAGAGAGAAGGAUCUGCUCGAGCGACAGGCGGAUCAGAGUAGCAAAUUGGCAGAGCUCAUGGAGCGACGUGAUGUUCUCAAGUCUCGACUCGCAGCUAUCGACUUUUCGUAUUCCGAUCCCGAGCCCAAUUUUGACCGGUCCCAAGUCAAAGGCUUGGUAGCUACGCUCGUGGAAUUAGACGAGGCCAACUUCAAGAGUUCAACGGCGCUGGAGAUCUGUGCCGGUGGGAAGCUAUAUAAUGUGGUGGUGCAAGACGAGCGCGUCGGUUCCAAGCUGCUGGAGAGGGGAAAACUGCGUCGACGAGUCACCUUGAUCCCUCUUAACAAGAUCAAUGCGUUCCGCAUGUCGGCAGAGAAAAUUGCCGCUGCAAAUCAAGUGGCUCAGGGCAAAGCCAAGGUUGCCCUGGAUCUAGUCGGUUACGAUGACGAAGUGUCUGCUGCCAUGGCGUACGUGUUUGGCGAUACUUUCAUCUGCGCCGAUAAGCAGGCAGCACAAGCUGUGACAUUCAAUAAGGCGAUUGGCGUCAAAUCAGUCACGCUGGAAGGUGAUGUCUACGACCCAUCUGGGACACUGUCCGGAGGGUCCGCGCCAAGCAGUAGUGGACUUUUGGUCAAAGUACAAGAACUUCGGGCUGUUGAAAAGGAGAUAGCAGAACGAAAACUCUCGGUCGACCAGAUAAAGGCCGAAUUGGCCGGCGCGAAGAAGAUCAUUGACCAAUGGCGCAAGGACAAGAAGGACCUGGAUCUGCGGUCGCAUGAGGUCAGGCUAUUGGAAGAGCAAGUCAGCGGAAGUAAUGCCACAAAGAUCAUCACCGAAGUCGAGGCAGCCAAGGCUAGGCUUGCAGAACUGAAGGAAGUGAUCAACCAAGCCAAGGAGAAACAAAAGGUCGCUACUGCCGAUGUCAAGCGGUUGGAGAAGGAGAUGGAGGACUUCAAGAACAACAAGGACUCAAAGCUCAAUGAAAUGAAGGCGGAGAUCGCGAAGAAGAAGAAGGACCUAGGUACGAAGACGGCCCAGAUCAAGACUAGGCAGAAGGAGGUCCAGACCGCUGAACUCGAGCUACAACAACUGGAGAGCGACUUGGAAUCCGCCAAGAAUGAGAUCACGGAAGCGGAGGCCGCGCAUGAAAAGACCAAGUCCGAACAUCAAGCUUUGCAAGGAGCACUCAAAGCGCAGCAGAAUGACUACAAAACUGCUGAGAACAAGCUCAAAGAGGAACGAGCUGGAUUGAUUGCGACGGACAACGAGCUCAAGGAUCUUGAAAAGGAUUUGAAAAAGAAGAAGCAGGAGGUUGUCGAUUCAGAAUUGAAUCUGAAGAAGCUUGAGCACGACCUUGGACUUGCCGCGAAGGAGAAGACCAACUCGGAAAAUAUCAAGGAUGCGUUGGAGAAGCAAUUCACCUGGAUCCUGGACGAGCACCAGUUCUUUGGCAAGCGCGGGUCACCGUACGACUUUGACGGUGUCAAUUUGAACCAGGCUCGUGAACAAUGCAGAGAGCUAGAGAGUCAGCAGAAGGGCAUGGGACGAAAGGUCAAUACAAAGGUCAUGAAUAUGAUAGAGGGUGUGGAGAAGAAAGAGCAGGCCUUGAGAAAGAUGAUGUCGACGGUCUUGAAAGACAAGGCAAAGAUCGAAGCGACCAUUGUGGAGCUGGACAGGUACAAGCGGGACGCCCUGAAGAAGACUUGGGAGCUGGUCAAUGAGGAAUUCGGGCAGAUUUUUAUGGAGCUCUUACCCGGCAAUUUUGCCAUGUUGCAGCCGCCAGAAGGCCAGGACGUAACUCAGGGUCUAGAGGUCAAGGUCAGAUUGGGACAGAUCUGGAAGGCCAGUCUGACAGAGCUAUCUGGAGGACAAAGAUCUCUGAUUGCAUUAUCUCUCAUCAUGUCCUUCCUCAAGCUCAACCCUGCGCCUUUGUAUAUUCUCGAUGAGAUCGACGCUGCUUUAGAUCUCUCACAUACUCAGCACAUUGGUCAACUGUUUAAGAACCGGUUCAAGGGAUCUCAAUUUUGUGUGGUUUCCCUUAAAGAAGGUCUCUUCAGCAAUGCGAACGUGCUGUUCAAAGCCAUGUUUCGUGAUGGAACAAGUAUCGUGCAGCGAACUGAGAGACGGUCGCAUUUUGCUCCUGACGGCAACAAGGAGAAUAAUGGACCAUCAGCUGCUGGAAAAGGUCGGAAAGGGGCGCAGGCAUCUUCAUCUAGUAGAGCACCGUUAUCUGUGAGGUAGGUGGGCUCUUGGGGCAAACGACGAUUGUUGUAUCUUUAUAGACCUUGUACGAGCGCAUAAUAACCUUAUCGGGCCAAGCCGAAUCUGCGGGCCGAAGGUCCGCGAUUCAUUAGCGGCGCGUAGAUUUUGCUGUUUUUAUCUGCGAGCGAGGUCAAGUAAAAUCUCGCCACGA